UUCACUGGUAGGAAGAAUCAGUGACAGGAGAAAAAAGAACAGGAGGCUGUUAGUAGACUGAUGGUCAGAAACCGGUGAACUUCUCUGCAAGACACCAGUGAUUUACAAACUUAACAUAGCUCAAAGAACACUGGACUGUGAAGUCUAUUAAAUUUAAAUAGAAGACCUAGGCUACUACUCAAUCAACUAAAUAGUUUGGACUAUAAGCAGACGGUUUACGUUGUUCCUGGCCAAAGUAAUGCAGUCAUUGGGCAGCGCCACUAAGUGGUCUUCACACGAGUCCCUUUCCUCCACUCCAAGUUUCCCCUACAGUGAGAGCGACCAGACGGAAGAUGAGGGUGACGUCUUUUCUGAGGGAGAGGGGGAGGGAGGCCGGGCCUCACUAGAACGAUUCUCCCUGGUGGCUGCCAGCCUGCCUAUCCACCUCCGCCCUGUAGGGUACCAAAGGGAUCAGCGGGGGACCCUGGAGGGGCAGUUGGGUGGGGCAGGCCGCAGUGGGCAAUCCCCCUCCCCUGCCACACCACCCACUGAGGGGGACUUGGCCUUUGCUCGAAAGUGUUCCGAGCUCCAAGGAUACCUCAGACCACUUCUGCACCUGCUUAAUGGACUGAAGACGGGCAGAUUUGACAAAGGUCUCAACACGUUCCAGCAAAGCGUAGCCAUGGAUAGGCUGCAAAGGAUUGUGGGAAUGUUGCAGAAACCUCAUUUGGGAGAGAAAUAUCUACGCUCGCUUCUGCAGAUAGAGAUGAUGCUGAAGAUGUGGUUCCCUCAGGUGCGCUUGCAACACUGCGUGCCCUCUGACCGCCAUAGAACCACCCCUCGUCAUAUGCCCCACUGGCACCAGGACCAGCUGCACAUCCCAGUCAAAAAACGCAAAAGGAGUUGGUCAGACUCGGACUCGUCCAGCUCGAUCUCUCCACUCUACAAACGGGUCGAGAACCCCCAGUGUGGACAGGGCAUUGGGUCUGCUGAAAACACGCCCCCAAGGGAGGAGUCAGAGUCAACAACAUUGCAACAUGGCACUGAUCUGAGUGUCUCCUCUGAAGUGUCCCCCCACAACGCCAAGCAGAGAGGAGGUCUGCUUCCUCUGGUCAUCGCACCUCCUUCUGUGGAGAGCUACACUGAUACCCAGGACAGCUGCAUCUCCUCCACUACUCCCAUUUCCCAAAAGCUACACCUGCCUCCCCAUGAUAAACCCCUCCCACCAGGCAGCAGUAGCCAAUGGGGUGCUGUUAGGGGUGGGGAAGUGGGAGGGGCCAAGGGUAAAGGCACUGAUGAGUGUAAUCAGUAUUCAGAGGAGGCCGGCCUUACAAACAAUUUGUAUUGUAGUUUGUCUGGUAAAUCCACAAACACGUAGCAAUGAGAUGCCAGUUUAUUGGUCUUCGGAUAUGAUUGUGCGCUACCAUGUUGCCAUUUGAAGGUUAUUUGGAUUUCAGACAUUGGAUAGCAAUUUUUUUUUUUGUCGGAAAUGGAUGUUGAAAACAUUUUACUUGAUGUCUUAUUCAUCAAUGUUUUUUUUUUUUUGCUUUAAGCAUAUGGUAAAUUCCGAUGGCCUUCAGAAUUCUUCUCCUGGAGCUCAAAGAGGCACUUCAUCCAAUAUAUUCUACUUGAAGAUGAUAUGCCAGAAAAUGCCUCAGUGAUAAUGAAGUAGUGUACAGCUUAUGCAGUGCAUUCUCAGAAACAGAAGCUAGCACUACUGCCAGUGCGAAUGGCUACAGCUACUGCACCUGAUAAGCGUCACUUGAAUCAGAGGUGUACCACUGGAAUCACACUGAGCUCAGAGAAACUGUAACUUUUUUUACUAAACACUUACUGAAGAAAGGAAACAAUCGGCAAUCUUCAACAAAGGUUCAAAUGAGUUUAUCAGUCUUCUACCAAAAAGUUGACUUGAUAAAAACUUGAUACAUUUUCUCAUUAAACCAUAAGAUGGUUUGCAGGCUCAUAGCAUUCAACACUAUACACCAAGUACUUCCCAAUACAAUCAAACACAGCCUAAACGGUGAUGUGAACCAUCUUGUAAGAACAAGCACAUCAUAGUCACACAAAUGUCAGUCCAUCAAAAAAAAGAAACAACUGGCAACUAGUCUGACAAUUUAAAAAAAAAAAAAAAAAAAAACUGCCGUUGGCUCUCUGACCCUUACAACUUGAAUCGUGAACAACCACUAAGACUAGAAAGAGCAAAAGAAGAAAUGUGAUUAUCUGUGAUAAACAUGUGGUUAAACCAUAUAGUGGUGGGCAUUUUAUUUUUCCAAGGGGUCAUUACUUGAAGAAACUGGAUUAUUAGCAGCCUUAAGGUCAUCCCUAAAACCCCAGGGAUGCUACGGGAACAUCCAAUGAGACUCUUGACAACUUGAUGUGUAUUUAUUUUGUAUUUUGACGAGUUGCACAUGCUGUCUGCGCAUUGUGAUAUUUUUCUUUUUCCUGUGUUGUGUUCUUUUUUUUUUUUAAUUAAGGAAAAGAGAAUGAAGUGUCAUUGCCAAACGCUACUUGCACAUGAGUUUCGAAAGGCGUUCAAAAUAUGUGGCCAUUUUUUUUUUUGAAAGAAAAAUACGAAAUGUUCUUUUAUGUCCCUUGUAUUUCGUUUUUUUUUUUUUUUUCAGAUAAUUUCUGAAAAUAUUUUUAUAAUUCUAUAGUUACUUCUGUUCUUUAUUUGUGAUGGACAGUAGAUUUUUUUUUUUUUGUUUAUAUUUUCCAUUGGUCAUCAUUACAUCUGUAAUAAAAAAAAUUAUAUGGGUUUAUUUGGUACAGUCCCCCAUGCACACAGUAAGAGUGCAUGUUCUGUAUGAGUGUGCACAUUGACUCCAAACAUGACUGGGAUCUCUUUAUCAGGCAUAAACACACAGUACAGAUUGACUGACAACUUUGUCCUGCAAGAUAGGAGAAAAAGAUAGGGGGAUAUGACCUAUACACAACCUCAGAGAUGGUCCAGGUGUUUAUAAAUUUGCACACAUUUGUCAGAUCUGAUCUCAGACAUUCAGUAACUGUCUUUGUUAAUUUGUCCUAUUCUGUGCUGUGUGUCGGUGUCAUCAAUGUAUAUAUGAAAUGACUGGAAACAGCGGGGUGCAAAUUCUAAAUACAACUGAAAUCUCAGUCUGACACUUAGGAGUUGUAGAAGGAGUGCAUGAGAAAGUAAUUGUGUUUGCAGUGAACGUGGGAAACCCCAGUAGGAAUCUGCCGCUAUCAGCUUUACAUCGGUUUUGUUACUCCAAGACUUGAUUGCAACCCGGCAUUGAAUUGUCAGUGCUAUGCUCUUCUUAUUUACCCUAGCACCAUAUAUUUUCAUAUUUUGUUCUCUUCUGGGAUAUUUUGCAAUGGUUGUUGAAAAAUGAUUAACCAGUCACAGCAUUUUGAUAAAUAAAACAUGAAUGUGUUA